AUGGUGAAAGGCCAACGCGAGAAAAAGGGCCGGUUCCCGCGCAUGAUUACCUGUCCCAAUGAGAUGGUGGCCAUGUCCAUGGCCGACGGCUACGCCAGGCUGACGGGCAAACCUCAAUGCGUUAUUGUCCACGUUGACGUCGGGACUCAGGGCCUCGGCGCUGCUGUGCACAACUCUUCCACGGGCCGAGCCCCAGUCUUUGUUUUCGCUGGUCUCUCUCCAUUUACAUUGGAGGGCGAGCUCCGAGGCAGUCGGACCGAGUAUAUCCAUUGGAUCCAGGAUGUGCCCGAUCAGAAGCAGAUUCUCGCGCAGUACUGUCGCUACUCGGGCGAAGUCAAGACUGGCACCAAUGUGAAACAAAUGGUGAAUCGCGCUCUGCAAUUCUCCAAGUCGGAUCCUCAAGGGCCGGUAUAUCUCUGCGGUGCCAGAGAAGUCAUGGAGGCUGAAAUUGAGCCGUACUCCAUCCCACAGGAAGAAUGGGAUCCCGUUGAGCUCGGCGGCCUGCCGUCAAAGGCCGUGGACAAGAUUGCCGAAGCGCUGGCCGGCGCCAAGGAACCGCUAAUCAUCACUGGCUACGGCGGCAGGGAUCACAAGUUCCCCGGCGCACUGGUCGAGCUGGCCAAUGCGGUCAAGGGUCUGCGAGUUCUGGACACUGGCGGAAGCGACAUGUGUUUCCCUGCAGACCAUCCCGCAUGGCUCGGCCUCAGGUUUGGAUCAGACGAGGCAAUCAAGACGGCCGAUGUCAUACUUGUCCUGAACUGCGACGUGCCUUGGGUCAACACGUUGUGCCACCCGCGCAAAGAUGCAAGGAUUUUCCACGUUGAUGUUGAUCCGUUGAAACAGCAAAUGCCUGUUUUCUACAUCAAGGCCGAGUCGAGGUACCGCGCAGACAGCCUAGCCGCCGUUGGUCAGAUCACGGAUCAGCUCAAGUCAGACAAAUUGGCGUCUCUGCUCAACAGCAAGGAAGCCGAGACCCGUGGCAUGCAGUUGCAGGAAUCGUACGAGCGACGGCUAGCCACGAUUCAGGCAAAGACGAAGCCCUCGGAGGAUGGAGAGUUCGGCACUGGCCACCUCUGUCGAGAGCUACGCCGCCUUUGCCCCGACGACACCAUUUGGGCGGUCGAAGCGGUGACCAACACUGGCUUUGUGCAUGACAACAUUCAGCCAGUACAUCCUGGGUCGUGGAUCAACUGCGGCGGCGGUGGUCUAGGAUGGUCCGGCGGAGGAGCGCUGGGCAUCAAGCUGGCGAGUGCCGCUGAGAACGGCGGCAGGGGCAAGUUUGUGGUCCAGAUUGUGGGCGACGGGACCUUCUUGUUCUCGGUCCCAGGAAGCGUCUACUGGAUUGCGAAGCGGUACAACAUUCCAAUCUUGACCAUCGUCUUGAACAACAAAGGUUGGAACGCACCACGGCGGUCGCUUCUGCUCGUUCAUCCCGACGGCGCUGGCGCUAAGGUAUCGAAUGAGGAGAUCAACAUUUCCUUUGACCCAUCGCCUGACUACGCAGGCAUUGCCAAGGCAGCGGCGGGUGGUGACCUGAUGGCUGCGAGGGUGGGCCAUGCGGAGGAACUCGAGGGCAUGUUGAAGAAGGCGAUUGAAACGGUUCAGGGAGGACAAUCGGCUGUUCUCGACGUCAAGGUUACGAGUGGCUGUUGA